AGCCAUUUUGGCUCACGCGCGCACUGCGCGCGCUGUGCGCCGUCGAGCGCGCCCCGCGCCGGCCGAGCGGCCGGCGAUGGGCCAGGCACAGCACGUCCACAAGGAGGGCCCCCGGUCCAGCCUCGAGCACGUGCGCCUCGGCGGCAUCCCGACGCCGCAGCGCUGCCCAGCUCCAAGCCAGGUCGGCACCGGCACCCCGUGCCGCCCGGAGCUGGAGCAGUCCCAGGCGCCCUCUCGCUCCGCACCCUCCAGGGCCCCGCCCCCUCGGGGCUGGCAGCCCCGCCUCCAGGCCCCGCCGGCGCCGCAGAGGCUCUCCGGCGCACGGCCGCCGAUGCCGACGCCGGCGGCCUCGCCCCUCGGGCGCAUGGCCGAGAUCCCGGAGGACGACCAAUGGGGCAUCCCCGACGACAAGCUGCCCGAGGUGCCGCCGCCAAGGCCGGUGCCAUCGGCAGGCGUUGGCCCAGCGCUCAGCGGAAAGGCAGCGCCCCGCGCCGAGGAGGACAGGUGGCUCGCGCCGCCCGCGCCGAGGCCCUCUGUCGAGAGCAGCUUCACCUCGUGCAGGCCAUCCGUGGACUCGCAGCCGCCCACGGAGGCGGGCGGGCAGCUCUACUUCGGACACCUGAUGCGCGCCCAGGGCGCCUCCGCAGAGACCUCGCCGAGGACUUCACUGGGGCCGCCGUCGGCCUGGGCGCAGCGCACGUUUGGCUCGGGGCUGCCUCCAGGCCUCGACCUGGCGAAGCGCCCGAGCCUCCGCCAGAGCACCGGCCUGCCCAGCAGCGCCCCCAGUGGCAGCUGCAGCCCGCGGACGCUGCCCACGGGCAGCGCGCGGCCGAGCAUCGCGCCACCUGCCGUCGACAGGGGCGACACGGAUGAUUUCGACACCAAGGCAGCGACCAUCAGGGCGCUCUUCCAGCUGCAGGAGGAGCGCCGCAAGGAGGAGAUGCUCCUCCGCACGGACGCCCGGCUUCUCGGGGAGGCGAGGUCGGCGCCGCCGUCGGCACGCCCCAGCGUCGAGCGGGGCAGCCUUGGGUCUGACGGCAGGCCCUCGUGGCUUCUGGCGCAGGCCUCAGCUGGCCCCGGCCGCGGCUCGGUCGGCACUGCAGCCAGCCUCGGCGCCGCGCGGUCGCUGCAGUGCGCCGACGCGGCGUCCGAGGAGCUCGACGCCGUCGCCGCGGCGCGGCGCGACGCACUGAGGGAGAGGGAGAAGCGGGAGGCGGUCGCGACGUUCUUGGCGCAACAGGGGUUCACUGGCGUGAACGCUAAGAGGAGGACCGGCACGAAGCAGGGCACCUUCCCCCUGCACGUCGCGGCCGAGAGGGGCGACCGCCGGCUCGUCUGGCACCUGCUGGAGGAGGGCGCGGACCCGUCCCUGCGGAACUGCUCGGGGCAGACCCCCGCAGAGGUGGCGCUGGAGCGGGACAGGGGCGGCUCACACGCGGAGGUGCUCGCGGUCCUCCACGCCGCGCCACCCGUGGAGCGCGCGGACAGCGCCCCGAGGAGGAGCCUGAGCCUGAGACUGUUCGGCAUCGUCGGCCGUUCUCGCAGCACGGCGUGAACAGGCCAGCAGGCCGCCGCGGGGGCUCGAAGAAUGAGCUUCCUGAAUCGCCUGUGCCCAGAGGGCCGGGCGGGAUUCAUUCCACUGGACUUCGCGCAGCAGCCGAGGAGCCGCGCGCCAUGGGCCCAGCGCUCUCUGCAGGUGCUCGCCGUUUCACCCGCUGCUGUGUUUCACAGCACGCGCGACGCCACAGAGCCCUCGCGCUGCCCGGGCCCCCGCCAGCCGGCACCCAUGAGAGAGUGCUGUGUCCGGUCGCGGGCCCGCGAGUCUGGAGGGGAGAGGGAGCUGGUGCUGCCAGAGGCAGCCUUGGCCCAAGGUGCCCCUGGCCUUUCCAGGGAGGCCCAGGUAGCUUCGGGAGCAUCCCUCACGAGGCCCAGAUGGCGUGA